CUCUCUCUCGACCCGUUGCUUUGAAUCCAGCUACGCCACACCUCACUUGACCCGCCCACCACCCAUCAUGGCAAACACAUCGGUGAAAGGGCGGCCAAGUCAACAGAAGGGCGUAGUGAGCAGGCUGAUCGGGGCUCCUGUCCUCGCCCUGCUGCUCGUUCUCGCAUCGACGGCGCAGACGGUGGGCUUCAAGCUCUUGGGCUACGCCUUUGGCCCCUUUCCCUUUGUCAUUCUCAUCACCAUGUCGGCUGCCUUUGUGCCACUCUUUGGCGUACCGUAUGCCAUCGCUCGCUGGCGCGGGGUCAUCCCUGCCGAGACCCGCACCUUCCCGCUCCGGCCGUACUGGGUCAUCGGCGGCCUUAACGCCGCCAACGGCAUCCUGCUUAUCUUUGCCAAUCCGCACGUGCCGGGUGUUGUGCAGGCAGUGCUGGCUCAGGCUGGUGUGCCCAUGGUCUUCUUUCUCUCGCUCUGGCUCCUCCGCACCAAGUAUGCGCCCGGUCAGUACGCAUCGGCAGUCGUCAUUGUCGCCGGCAUCAUCGUCAGCCUCGUGCCGUCGCUCAAGGCUGAUGGCGGCGACGACUCGGUGCCCGGCUCGGCUUCUUCGCGGCUGAUGUGGUCGUUGGCAUUUCUCCUCGGUGCGCUCCCGGCCUCGCUCGCCUCGAUCUAUCAAGAGCGCAUGUUUGCCCACGCUCGUGUCCACCUUCUCGCACUCAUGUUCCACUCCUCGGUGGCGCAGUUUGUCUCGCUCGCCUUUGCUCUUCCGCUGGUCUUUAUUCCUUCGUUUGGUACGGUGUCCCCGGCAGCCUUUGGCCCGCACAUGGCGGCCGCCUUUGGCUGCCUCAUCGGCAACGAUCCGCCGGCGCAACUCGGCUACAACGACCAGGUCCAGUGCUCUAAAGCCGGCAUUCUCAUCCUGGCCGUCGUCGGCUUUAUGCUUACUGCCAACUUUGCGUCGGCGGCGACGACCAAGUAUGCCUCGGCUUCAUUUAUGAUCUUUGUCUCGACCGUCGUCACGCCCGUCUCCUCGUUCGCCUUUACCUUUUCGUUCAUCAUGGGCUCGCACGCUGAGUCUCUCUCGAUCUUCGCCUACAUCGCGCUCGUCCUCCUUGUCGCCGGCAUCUUUGGCUUUCGCUACUUUGACGUGCCGCAAUACGAGGAGACUGAGCUCGAGCCGCUGGUUGUCAACCAGGCCGGCUCGCCGGCCCGCCGCGGCCGCUCGGCCUCGCCUGGUUCCUAUCCGGGCGACGGCUCGCGCAUCCCGCUCUCGCGCCCGAUGUACAUUCCGCGCGCUGGCAUCAUCACCCUCAACACGGCUGAUCCCACUGCUCGGGACGCCACCACCCUGCCGGUCGUCAUUCCUGCCGCCCGCCCACACUCGUACACCUCCCACACCGCUGCCCGCGCCGGCUUUUCGCUUCUCCGCGGCAACCUUGGUGCCUACGAUGGUGUGGCCGCCUCGAUGUGA